AUGGCGCAGAAGACUCUCUUCCAGGCUGUCAAGGAAGACCAUGAGGAGAUGUACGAAUAUCACGACCAAUAUCAACGGGCGUUCGCCAAGGGCGAUGUUGAAGCCUGCGCACGCUGGGCUCAUCAGCUGCGCUGGGAAAUUGCGCGCCACGCCGUUGGAGAGGAAAUUGUUGUCUACCCGUUGAUGGAGAAGCACCUCGGCGACAAGGGAAAGGAGCUCGCCGAUCACGACCGGAGCGAGCAUUCGCAAGUCAAACAGGAGCUGUACAAGCUUGAGGGCAUGCAGCCCGGAACCGAAGAGUACACUUCGCUUCUAAACAGGAUGAUGACGAGUCUGCACCACCAUAAUGAUGAUGAGGAGAUUGACGACCUGCCUCUGCUCGAACCCGCCAUUGGUGAGGCCGCCAGUAUGGAAGCAGCCCAAGACUUUAAGCGGACGAAGAAGUUUGUUCCUACAAGGGCACACCCAGCUGCACCGAACCAACCCCCUAUGGAGACUUUGGUCGGAUUUUUGGCAGCCCCUGUGGACAAGCUCUUGGACGUGUUCAAGAGCUUCCCGAGGGAAGACGAAAUGAAAGCCGCCAAAGAAGAGCUCAAGCACCGUGAUCACGACGCGGCCGCUGGCCGCCAAGCUACCGUGCAGUAA